CAGACCAAGAGAAGGCGAAGUUGACGACGAACUUGGUAGCAGCUAAUAGCUACUUUAAUAAAUGUUGUGUGGUAGGUUUGCGUGUCGUAACACCCUGUUGCAUUGAUUGUAAAUCAUGGCCAAAGUCGGCGAGACUUUCAUGCGGCGAUGGAGAUCUGUGGGCGUCGUAGUGAAGAAUAAUAAGCAAGCCAACAUGUCACCUGGCCAUCCUAAAAAUUGGGCCUUAAAGAGGUGGUCUCUCUCACAAGUAUCCAUUCAGCAUGCACCUAUGGACAUUGCACAUCCUGUCACCAGUGGGAAUUUCAUCUGCCAUGUGAAUUCUGGUGGCCUGGACUUGACACAUCCUUGCAGCCCACUCAGGAGACAUGACUGCAGUUCUACUGUAACUUCUGUGACGUGUUUCAGUCAUUACAAACUCUUUCAAGGUGGCCAGGAUCUGAACCAAGAGGCAACACCUCUAUCUCUACCUGCUUUAGAGGAAAUAAACGGCAGCUUCCAGCCUGGUGGGAUCACAGAAAGCAUCUCAAAAGGCCAUCUAAGCAAGGCUCUUGUCACACGAAAGGCAGCUGCCGUAUUCCAAACGGCACUUGUGUUCUCACAAGCGGAAGUCUUGUGAGCAGACCACCCUGUUUGCUUGUAGCUCUGCCAAGUGGGACUUUUCUUCUUUAAUUUCAUCUUGUGAGCAGAUCACCCUGUCAAUUUAUUUAUUUCACUUCCACCUUGUGAGCAGACCACCCUAUCAAUCUUUUUCUUUUGUUUCCACCUUGUGGGCAGACCACCCUGUUAAUCUUUUUAUUUUGCUUUCACCUUGUGAGCAGACCACACUGUUUUGUAAUAGUCAGUUAAGUAAUGUUUUUGUCAUCUGUAUUUGAUUAUCUCAAGCUAAAGAGUGUGCCUCUUAUCAAAUAUUCCCGUGUUAUAACUGUUUAAAAAUGCAGCUUUUCUAGUGAUAGCAUCGUUGAUGCUCCAAGUGCCUUCGUGCAGGCAGCUGUGUAGCUGUUGCAUCUAUAAUGCAUUUCUGA